AUUAAAAAUAUGAUGUCACUGUUUAUUUGAAAUACAAAUAAUGCACAUUACAGAACAAACACCCAGAACUGCAGCCAGAAGAUCCUAAAAUAAAUCAUACAUUAAAUUAUUAACUUUAGUUAAAUUAGUUCUCCUAUUUUUCAGGGUAUGUACUGUUGGAUUUCUUGUUUUGGGGAAAAAGUGGAAGUUUGCACUUACAAUAUUUUGAUUUGUGACAUUAAAAGCACAGACUUAACAUUAAAACUGACAGAAGGACAGCUCCAAAAUAAACGAAAUAUGGUUUCUGGAUGCAAACUAUAAAAUGUACAGUACAUGAUACAUCAAUAAAAGCAUUUCUUACGUUCAUAUUUGUGAAUAAUGAUAUUUCUUUGAUACAAUUUCCAGAAGUUGCACAUACAAGAGUUCCUAUAGAAGUUCCUUGGCGGAUUAUCAAUCAAAUAAAUAUAAACGAUUACACCAGCAUUUUUGCACAAAAAGUCAACAACCAUACAAAAAACUAAAAUCGUCUCGAGGAUGCGGACCAGCGCGCGUGACGUCACCGGAGCUGCAGUGGACCGGGGUGGACGCGCUAGAGUCUCGAGCGCCGCGUCGAAGCGCAGCGACAUUUUCAUCUCAUUUCAUUUCCUCUUCAUCCACAGGCCUGAUUCGCACUGUCUGAUCUCAAACGCACAACAACUGCAUGCUCGGAACAAACCGGAGCCCAAACCCUCAGAAGAGAAGCAGACGCUCAUGCGCGAUAUUCGCUGGCUCUGAUGGUUCUCGUCAGCCUGUGACACUCAGAGACUCCAGCAUCAGUCCUCAGCAUGUCUGCUGUACAGGUGUCAUGGCCGCCGGGCACCGAGUGUGUGGCCAAGUAUAAUUUCCAGGGCAGCACAGAGCAGGACCUGCCCUUCUGCAAAGGAGACCUGCUGACCAUCAUCGGCGUAACCAAGGACCCAAACUGGUACAAAGCGAAGAACUCUGUUGGCCGGGAGGGAAUGAUUCCAGCAAACUACGUCCAGAAGAGAGAAGGAGUCAAAUCCGGAGGAAAGCUCAGCCUGAUGCCAUGGUUUCACGGUAAGAUCACGCGUGAGCAGGCGGAGCGGCUGCUGUAUCCGCCGGAGACGGGGCUGUACCUGGUGCGAGAGAGCACGAACUACCCCGGAGACUACACGCUGUGUGUGAGCUGCGACGGCAAGGUGGAGCACUACCGCAUCAUCUACCACAGCGGGAAACUGUCCAUCGACGAGGAGGAGUACUUCGACAACCUCAUGCAGCUGGUGGAGCAUUACACUAAAGACGCUGACGGUCUCUGCACGCGGCUCAUCAAACCCAAGCUGAUGGAGGGGACGGUGGCGGCGCAGGACGAGUUCUCCAGGAGUGGAUGGGCUCUGAACAGGAAAGAUCUCAAACUCAUACAGACCAUCGGCAAAGGAGAGUUCGGAGACGUGAUGGUGGGAGAUUACCGAGGGACGAAGGUGGCAGUGAAGUGCAUCAAACACGACGCCACGGCUCAGGCCUUCCUCGCUGAAGCUUCAGUCAUGACUCAGCUGAGACACACUAACCUGGUGCAGUUAUUAGGGGUGAUCGUGGAGGAACGAGGCAGUUUGUUCAUCGUGACUGAAUACAUGACCAAGGGCAGUCUGGUGGAUUACCUGCGCUCUCGGGGCCGGACCGUGUUGGGCGGCGAGUGUCUACUCAAGUUUUCUCUUGACGUCUGUGAGGCCAUGGAGUAUCUGGAGGCCAAUAACUUCGUGCACAGAGAUCUGGCGGCUCGUAAUGUGCUCGUGUCCGAUGAUAACAUCGCCAAAGUCAGCGACUUCGGACUGACCAAGGAGGCAUCGUCCACUCAGGACACGGCCAAGCUGCCCGUCAAAUGGACCUCGCCUGAGGCGCUGAGAGAGAAGAGGUUUUCCACUAAAUCUGACGUGUGGAGCUACGGCGUUCUGCUGUGGGAGAUUUACUCUUUCGGGCGAGUGCCGUACCCCAGAAUUCCGCUGAAGGAGGUGGUGCCGCGGGUGGAGAAGGGCUAUAAGAUGGAUGCUCCAGACGGAUGUCCAGCCGCUGUCUAUGACCUGAUGAAGCAGUGCUGGACGCUGGACACGGACGGACGGCCCUCGUUCCGUCUGCUGCGAGAGAAGCUGCAGCACAUCAGAGCCAAGGAGCUGUACCUGUGAGGAACAUCUCCAACAAACCUUACUGUGCUCCGGACUGGACCUUUGAUCUGGACGCUCUCUCGUGACCGAGACCUGAGAGGAGGAACACACUGACACGUGUGUGUGUGUGUGUGUGUGAGAGAGUGCGUGAGUGUGUGUGUGUGUGUGUGUGUGUGCGUGUGUGUGUGUGUGUGUGUGUGUGUGAGUGUGUGUGUGUGUGUGUGUGUGUGUGUGUGUGUGUGUGAGAGUGCGUGAGUGUGUGUGUGUGUGUGUGUGUGAGAGUGUGUGUGUGAGUGCGUGUGUGUGUGUUGGUUCUGUUCUGUUCUGUUCUGUUCUGUUCUGUUCUGUUCUGUGAGGAGGUGAGAGGGCAGUGAGGAGGGCUGGUCUUUUCCUCCGCUGCUGUUUUUCUUUCGCUCCUGUUCAAACAUCUCAUGAAAACACACAAGUCAUAUUUCACACCAAAAUCAAAAUAAAACAGUUGAAAGUUGUAAAAAGCAAUUUUCAUGAAUUUAAUGCAAAAAUGAUUCUACGUAAUUUUCUGUUUUUUUUCCUCCUACAAAAGUAGGAAAAAAAAAUGUAUAAUUUUUUUUUACAUCAUAAAACAAUGAUGUAAACAAUGGUAGUUUCUUCUUCUGUUUGUUUCCGCCACAGAAAAAAAAAUUCAACUUUUCAUCUCGCAAUUCUGAGUUUAAAUCUGAAAAAGGUCUUAUUGUGAGAUAAAUUUGCAGUUACUUACUGUUUUUAAUGUUGUGGCAGAAACAAGCUUCCAUAAUUGUUUUACUUUUUUUACUGCCAUACUGUACAAGUAUGUUUUUUGCAUUAGAGUGAUGAAAAUUAGAUUUUUUGCAUUACAGAAAUAAGAAAUAAUCAAUUUGCAUUAUGCAAAAAAUCUGAAUGCUCCUUCAUUUUUUUUUAUGCAAGAAUUGUUUUCCUUUUGAUUUUGUGGUGAAUUGUGAGCUGCACGUGUUCUUCAUGAGAUCCAUCAUUCUCUGUGUGUGUGUGUGUGUGUGUGUGUGUGUGUGUGUCGAAGUGCCUGCUGGAGUUGACAGAGCAGUGCCUGUGUUCCUCUGACAUCUUUUUAUUCUUUCUUUUUUUAAUGGGUCUUUUUUUAAUGUUUGUAUUUGUUGAUUUGUCAUCUGUGACGAGACGGGGUUUGUGUUCACUAGCGCCAGACUGAACUGAGGCGAUGAGCUGGGAAUCACACACACACACACCCCAGCUGAGCUCAUGUGCCUGCUAUCACUCACUCACACACACACACACACACAUGCUCUCACACACACACACACACUCACACACACUCCCUCUAGUGGACCGGGAGGGUCAGUCCAUCAGAACUCUUACUGCGUCGGUCUGUUUUAUAUUAAAAUCUAUUUAAGAAGCGAGCGUCAGACGGACUCAUGCAUGCUCAGAGAGGCCUUGAGUAACGUGUCAGUGCUUUCAAUGUUCUUUGUUUUAAUAUUCUGCCAUGAUUAUGAAUAAAUCAUUCCAUCUGA